UAACAGAUGUAGCACCCGGAGCGAUGCGGCAGCGGCCAUCGAGCCCCCCCGCGCUGCCCGGGGCUGGGGACCAGCUCCUCCCCGCGCUCCAGCCACGGGCACCCCGCCAGCGCGGGCAGGAGCAGGCAGCUGUGGAGGGGACAGGGUGGGGGCACGGGCAGGCAAACCCCUGUACGUCACCUGAAGAAAAAUUGUUUCUCGUCCUGUUUCUGAGCUGUGGUUGGGCUCGACAAGCACAGCAGCUUUAUGAACCCCACUCAAGCCCUGGGUCGUUUGCCUUAUUGUGGUCAAAACCUCCUCCCAGCCCUCCCUCCUUCUGCCUGCACCCACAGGCACCGGCGUCUGCAACAUGCACCCACAAGCCUAGCGAGGGAAGGACGAAAGGAUAAAAAUACUCAUGAAAAAAAAAGGCUUGUCCACCUUAAAAACCCGCACUUGGCCUCGAUGGAGGAGGACGUUCUCUAUCACUUGGGCUUGGGAACAAAGACGCACAACCUGCCGGCAAUGUUUGGGGACAUAAAGUUUGUCUGCGUUGGCAGCAGCCCGAACAGGAUGAGGGCGUUUGCCCAGUUCAUGCACAAGGAGCUGGGCCUGGCGGGCGACGGGGAGGACCUGGCCGACAUCUGCGCGGGGUCGGACCGGUACGCCAUGUACCGGGCUGGGCCGGUGCUCUCCAUCAGCAUGAGUACCCACGGGAUGGGCAUCCCUUCCAUUUUGAUCAUGCUUCAUGAACUAAUCGAACUGCUCCACCAUGCAAAAUGCCGAGACGUCACUAUUAUACACAUCGGUACUUCUGGAGGCUUAGGGAUCGAGGCCGGGUCUGUUGUCAUCACGGACACAGCGGUGGACCCCUCCUUCACGCCGCGGUUUGAGCAGGUCGUGCUGGAUGACGUGGUGGUGCGGAGCCCUGAGCUGGACAAGGAUCUUGCGGAGGAGCUACUCACCUGCAGCAAGGAGAUUCCUGACCUUCCCACGCUCAUCGGCCAUACCAUGUGCACCUACGACUUCUACGAAGGUCAGGGGAGAUUAGAUGGAGCGCUGUGCUCUUUUUCCAGUGAAGAAAAGUUAGAGUACUUAAAGAGAGCUUACGACGCCGGCGUGAGGAACAUCGAAAUGGAGUCCACGGCGUUCGCGGCCCUGUGCAGGCCGUGCGGCCUGAGAGGCGACGCUUGGGCCGCCGUCGUCUGCGCGGUGCUCCUGGGCCGCCUGCAAGGGGACCAGCUCCGGGCGCCCCGCGAGGUGCUGCGGGAGUUCCAGCGCCGGCCCCGGCGCCCGAUCGCCGCCUUCAUUCGGAAGCGCCCGGGGCUGCGCCCCGGCCCCUUCUCUCCCGGGACGUGGGGGACACGCGGGCCACGACGGGCUCCCACGGGCCCGUGCCCUCCGCGGCGCAGUCGGGAGGCCGACCCAGCCGACGCCGCCGUGCAGGAGCCGCAGAGCUCCGGCACGGCUUGAAUCGCGCCGACAGCCUUGCACAGCCACGGAGAGCUCCGGC